CCCCAUCACACACUCACACUGACGGGUGGGGGGGUGGGGGGUGGACUGUGAGCGGCUUUAAAGAAGGAGCAGAUUGAGGAAGAGAGAAGCAGGAGGUCGGACAGAGCCACCAGGAGGCCCUUGGCGCUCUGAUGAUGAACAUCCAGUCCGCCAUCAGCAGGGAAAUCUUUGCCCCGCAGGACGAGAAGUUACUGGUAGCAAUCGAGGUGAAGAAGAGGACGAGGAGGAGGCUGCCCUUCCUCACGGCAGGCCGCAGGAGAGACUAUGUCACCUUCCUCUGCCUGUCCGUUACAAAUAAGCGACCUGCUCAGGUUUUCAUCACGAAGGUGAAACAGUAUCCCGGCUCUCCACGCUUUGCCAGACGGUCUCAAUGGUCAGUAGUGCAGCUCCGCCGGGUGGACGGCAACAACCCCAACAAGGACAGUCCAGAGUUUGAUCUGGUGUUUGACCACAACCAUGACCAGUGGGUAGCCAGCUCAGCUGCAGAGAAGUGCAUGUUCGUCCAAAUUCUCUAUCAUGCCUGCCAGAACUACUGGGAGGGCCAGCUCGAGCCGGCCAGUGUGGGUGUCGGGACCACCGGGGAUGCGAAAGGCCCCGGAGCCUCGGGGGACCAGCCCGCUGUUACAGGAGUGGUGGAGAGGAAGAAGGUCCAGACUGCUCAUCGACCAACUGAGUUCAUCAACUGCCAGUCCAAACUGAUGGGAGACGCCUGCUCUGUAAACAUGGUCAUCUACCGCUGCAAGAUCUUUUUGAAUCGAAUGAAGAACACAAUGAUUGCAAACCAAGGCCAGCUUCAAGGCAGCAGCCAGAAAGCCUCUACUGCUAAAACGUCCACUGCUAAAGCUCCCACUGCAAAAGCAUCCACUGCUAAACUGUUCAGGCCCCCUUCCUCUCCUCCAGCAGAGAGGAGUAUGGGUAGUGUAGUCCGCAGGGCCAGUCAGGUGUUUAGUGACCGGGGAGACUUCAGGGCUGCAAAACAACUUGCAAAAUCGCCCAGAAGUUUGCCUUGAAGCAGCUGAAUUAAGAGGAUCAGACGCUUUUCCCUCCCUCCGCACCUUUAACCUCUACUCGCUGACCCGUGCGACUUGUGACGUUCCACCUUCUCUGGAUGUGUGGAGGAUGGAAAACACUACCCUCUUCUGGACUGGAGUGGACUCAUAGGUUGCUUCUUCUCUGGACGCUGCUGCUCCUCCUGUGUGCCACUAGAGGGCGGCUCUGCUCUACUGUUGCUUUUUGGGGUGAUGUUUUAGAUGCUCCUCUAGAUGUAGCCGGGUGAAGUGAGCUGUUUAAUCUGGUGGCUGCAGUUUCAGAACAAACAGCUUUUGCCUCAUUUGGAUUUUGUGCAUUCGCUUUAGAUUAUCUCAGCUAACGCUUUGAUUAAAUGUAUGAUGCUGCUGUCACUGCAGUGAAUAAUCCUCAGUAAUCUAACAUGUUAAACGUGUAAAAUCAUGACCGUCUCAGAUCAAACAGAGCAGAGAGGAGUACGCGGCCCAGAUUCAGUAAUAAUAUUAAUAGUACAUUUUAUACCCAUCAGCCAUAACAUUAAAACCACCUCAUGGUAUCUACACUCACUGUCCAUUUUAUCAGCUCCACUGACCAUUUAAGAGCACAGACUGUGUUCCAUCGGUUUCUCUGCUUACUUGUUACCCUGUUCUGCAGUGGUCAGGAACCCCACAGAGCAGGUUUUAUUUGGGUGGUGGAUCAUUCUCAGUACUGCAGUGACACUGACGUGGUGGUGGCGUGGUGGUGCGUGUUGCGCUCAUUGCCACUGCUGAACUGAGAACCAACAACAUCCAGCUGGCAGCGUCCUGUGGGCAGCGUCCUGUGGGCAGCGUCCUGUGGGCAGCGUCCUGUGGGCAGCAUCCUGUGGGCAGCGUCCUGUGACCACUGAUGAA